AGUAACUAUGUGUCCAAUCCAAGUACACACCAGCAGCAACUUCUCGACAAGAGGAAGUCCCGGAUGUGAUUCACUUCUCCAAUUUUUCAAGAACAAUGGCUACCAGAGUCGCAUACAUCUCUCCAUCUUCUCUUUUCUGUUCAGUUCCCAGCAAUCAAAAAGCACCCAGAAGAAGACCAAUUUCUAUUGCUAUUAGGGCCACUUCAGAGACUCCUACCUCUUCUUCUACUUCAACAGCCACUGCUAAAGAUGACAAGAAGCUUGAGGCUACUCUUACUCCUCCACCCAAUUUCAAGCCGCCAAAGCCUCAGCCUUUCACUGUGAAGCCUGGCAAGACUUUGGAUAUUCUUGGUGCUUCUCUUGCUUUGCUUUUCCGGUUAGGCACUGGUGUUUUUGUUUCCGGGUAUUCUGCAUCUUUUGUUUCCAAGGAUGAGAUUCCACCUGAUCAAUAUGCUCUAGGAGCAGCAGGUUAUAAAGUGAAAGAGACCUCAAAACUAGGCCCUCGACCAGAGAAACCUAUUGAAAUCUAUGAGUUUGAAAGCUGUCCAUUUUGUCGCAAGGUUAGAGAAAUUGUUGCAGUCUUGGAUAUUGAUGUUCUGUUUUAUCCUUGCCCAAAAGAUGGUCCCACUUUCCGCCCCAAGGCUAUUCAACUGGGUGGAAAAAGGCAGUUUCCUUACAUGGUGGAUCCAAAUACUGGAACUGCUAUGUAUGAGUCAGAUGACAUAAUUAAGUAUCUGGUUGGGAAAUAUGGUGAUGGAAAUGUUCCUCUCAUGUUGUCACUUGGUCUUUUCACGACUUUGACUGCAGGGUUUGCUAUGAUUGGUCGUGCAGGAAAGGGAUCAUCUUAUACUCCAUCAAGAUUGCCACCCAAACCACUUGAAAUAUGGUCAUAUGAGGGUUCCCCUUUCUGCAAAAUUGUUCGUGAAACACUCGUCGAGUUAGAAUUGCCACAUAUUCAACGAAGUUGUGCUCGUGGAAGCCCUAAAAGACAGACACUUUAUGAGAAAGCUGGACACUUUCAGGUACCAUAUUUAGAAGAUCCAAAUACUGGAGUGCAAAUGUUUGAAAGUGCAGACAUCGUGGAGUAUCUAAGAGCAACUUAUGCUCUACAAUAAGCAAAGCUUUUAAAACACCUUUUGCAGAUAUAGUUGAGGCGCCAAUCCUUUCUCUAUAAUAAAUGGAGGUUGUCAUCCUGGUGCUUCCUAGGCAAAGUAUGUUAGAUUACAAUGAUAUAAUGAUGUUAUUGUUUAUGCUUUUUAAUUGUAUACUUAGGACUAUAAGUCCUGCUUACAGAGGGAUGCAGCCAAUACUUUGUUUCCUUUUUCUGCUAAAAUUGUUUAUUGGAACAUAAAA